GUCGAUUAACUUUGGUGUGUGUUAUGUUUGAAGCAAAUCGUUUCAGUUUUCAGUUGUAAAUUGAUGUUUGAGUUAGUUAGUUUAUGUCUAUGCUAACCGGCUAAAAACGGUGGUGGUGUGUAUAUUGGUGGAGAAAAUAAUAUUUUAUUUUAUAAACUGUUUGUAUGAAGUGCGGAUGAAGGAGCACGCGCGCGAUUGCUUCCAGCACAAAUUAGAUAAAUAAUAAAUUAUAUAUAAUCAACAGUGUGAGAGUAAACAGGGCACACAAAAAAAAAUAAAAUAAAAAGAAUAGAAAAAAGGAACCCGAAAAAAUCGCACAGAAAAAUAAAAAUAUUUUUUUUUGUUCUUUUCUGAUUCGCAUUUCGUUCAUCAACCGAAGGGAAAUUAAAGCAAAAUAAUAGUUUCGUGAAAACGUGAAAUGUUUGAUUAAACGCAAUUAAAUGGGGGGAGUUUAAUUGGUGCUUAUGUACUCUCUGUUAUACGUACGGUUUCUCCGGAAAAUUGAAUUUUAAAUGCAUUAUAUUGAGUGCAUAUUGCCAAUGUGGCAUAUCAGCAAUAACAAAUGUGAAAGCAAAUGAUGCCCGAGCCUGGAACCGACAUUCUGUUAGAAUCGAAAUCAAAUGUUAUCGAUCGCCUUCAAAAUUUUCGACAUUCAAAAUAUUUACACAGGGGCAAUGUUGUAAUAUCGACUAAUCUGUGUACCGUUCGUGAUACAGUCGAUGAGACGAUAAAAAACUAUUUUUUCCAAAGUGAACAAUUGAACAAUUUUUCCAUCGAAAAGUCCCGGUCCGACGGAAUUAUCUGUGAUAUAAAAUGUUCCGAUCAUGACGAACAACGCGAUACAAACUAUAAAUUCGCUGGCCGACCGACAUCGGCACCACCGCAGUUUAAUUGUAAAAAUGUGCAUGGACAAAGUCUAUCCGUAGAAUGUAAGCAAAAGUUUAUUGAACCGGACAAUUGUGACCGAACGGACAAUACAAACUCCGAAAAUUGUGAUAGUAUCCGAGAGACCACUUUGACUGAAUUUAAAGUGACCAGUUGGCAUCCACAUGUGUAUGCAAAGCCACCAAAAAUACCUACACCUCACUCAAUCGGUGAUAUUUUAGGACUAAAAGUGCCAACAAAAUCGAUUCCAAUGCAUCUAACGUACAUUGAUCAGUUAUCCACCAAAGAGACCAUCAAUCAGAUUCUCAACGCAACAAUCAAGUCACCGGACACUUAUGAUGAGCACAGUUUCCACGACGGCAUUUCGAGAAAAUGUAGUGACUACCUGGUUAGGAGUACAUCGCUAAGUGAAUGCAGUGAGGAUGACGUUCUAUCGAACGAUCAGCCACUUAAUCUGUCGAUUUCACGGCGAGCGUCACCAAAUUCUCUAUAUUCAUCCAGACGUAUAAAGGAAUCACCGCAAAAGCUUCCAUUCAAAAGAAAAAAGUCCAUCGACUCGAAUCAUGAAGACUUACUGAUAUCGCAAAAUUCAACACAAUCGUCAAAGAGUGGUAUAAGUGCAAUUACCCACUGUCACGAUGAAGAUUCAUCGGAAGACUCAUCGCAAGAUGCCAGAAAGAAGAAGAAAGCCCGAACAACCUUCACCGGCCGGCAAAUAUUCGAAUUGGAAAAGCAGUUUGAAGUGAAGAAAUAUUUGAGUUCCAGCGAACGAUCGGACAUGGCCAAAUUACUAAAUGUAACUGAGACGCAGGUGAAGAUUUGGUUCCAAAAUCGCCGAACAAAAUGGAAAAAACACGACAACAUAACGAAUGUUGAAGCCUCCGAACACAAAACAUCCCCAACAAAGGUGGCCCCAUCGAAGCCAGUACAAUCGCACCAAACCUCGCUGGACAGUGCGUCAAGUUCGAUGAAAAAGUCCACGUCUAAGGCCACAAAUCCGGUCACCGCCGAACUGAACGCAAAGCUUACAGCCAAGCACAACAACAAAAUGAAAAAUUUGAAAAUAUUUGCAAAUGCAAAAAGUGAAAAAUUCGAUUGCAUCGAUCCGAAUGCCGUCAGUUUCGGGGUACAAGAAAAGAAUCGAGAAAAUAUGAAACUAAAUUUACUAACUGACGCUACCAAUGAUGUUGAGUCGCGAUUCGCUUCAUCGAAAAUUUCGGUCAAUUCACACACGGAAAACAGUAGUUACUUGUAGCCAUUUCAAGGGCUUUUAAUUGAUCGAAAAGGGCCAUAAUGAACAAAUUGACCGAAAUUUAAAGCGACAGACGAUUCACUAACUUAUUUUAGUUAAAUUUAACGUAAAUAUUGAGCACCGGAAACAGAGAAAUGAUAAUCAGAUGACAUCCUACGCCAUCUGGUUAUCAUUUCCCUGCAUAAAAAAAGACGAGAAAGAAGAUCACUGACCGGAAAUGAAUUCAAAUGUUGCGAUGUGUACCGACAAAAAUCUCUAAGAAAUCCAAAGUCUGUUAAAACAAUGUUGUGCAUUCCACACGCUAUCGAUGCAUUUUUCAUUGGCAUGUUGUUUUCACCUUAAAGUGACAAAGUGGUUUGGAAUACAAUUUCUUGUUAGGAUAGAACAGAGGCUUAACAGAAAAAUGGUUCCGGCGCAACAGACUUACCAACAAAAGUUGCAAUGUUUUUUUUUUUAAACAAUAAAACACUCUAUCAGUAGAGAGGGACAUUAAGGUCAAAGGUGAUUUAUCCUUCCAUGAUAUUCAACUGAAAAUUGAUUGUGAUUGACCAAGUUUUGAUACCUGUGCCAUAUCAUGCUCGUACGUUAGUAAGCGAUCGCGGCGCAAGACGACUACUACAAAAAAUGUAUUUUUUUAGGGUCUAAGGUUACAUUACCUAAAAUGGAGCGAAGAACUGUCCAACAUCUUGGCUUGGCCAACUUGCACUAAAUUUUUAUUAAAGGUUUAUUCGUGCCGCACUCUGGUACCUUUAGAAGAAAAAUUUAUUUCCAUUUUCAUUUCACAUUUGAUACAAAUUUGAGUUUCGUAUGAAUUAAGCGAACUGAGAUUUACAUGAGCUAUGGUCCCACAUUAGGACUCCCAGCGGCCUCAAAAACCAAGAACUAACAGAACGUAACACUUUUCGUGUUGGGUUUCAAACUAUGGCCUUAUGAGCAACAGUACAUGAUGUGUUGCAGAUAAUAAUUGUCAGGGCCGCACUGGCAACCUAAAAUCCCUUCGGGCAUUGAAGGAUGAAACUUUGUAGAAAGCCCUUCGUUCAUUUAAAAAAAAACCUCUCUGGCAUCACCCGAAUACCCAUAGUGGCCUGAACUGUACACAGUGUUCCGCUGAUAUUAUGAUGGAUGAGUUCUAAAUUUGCUAUAAACCUUAUUUCUCGUUAAUACUUAAAGUAAUUGAAAUGAUUCCACUUUACUUUUCAGUUGAAUAACAUAUGAACGGUGGAUUGGAAAUGCCCAGUGCUCUCUCUAGAGCAUUGACAUGCGUCCUACUACAUUAUUAUUAAUCUCGUAUACUCUCUUUAGUUUCGGAUAUUUCUUGAGCUUACGACUGAACUAAUUUACAAAG